AAAUCCACCUCUACCGGAACCGGCGUCCGCCACCAUAGAUUUUUUACCUUCCAUAAUUUUGUCUAUUUGUUAUUUACAAAAUUUUAUUUAGUUUGAUUAGGGUUCUUGCUUAUACGUUCUUUCCCAAAAGGAACUGUUGACGCCCAGAAUCAUACAUACCUGAAAGUAAUGAAGCUCAAGCAACUAGAAAGUCUACUCAGUAAUCUUCAACAGUUCGACAAUCCAAAGAUUGAGCUGGAACAAUAUCCAACUGGAGCUCACAUUGCGUCUGGUAUGCUAUACACGGCAGAGAAUUCAUAUGAGGAUGUGAGUAACAAAGUAGUAGCAGACUUUGGAUGUGGGUGUGGCACAUUAGGUCUUGCUGCCACUCUCCUGGAUGUAGAACAUGUCAUUGGCAUAAAAGUUGAUGAUGAGUCUCUUGAAAUUGCAUCAAUCAAUUCUGAUGAUCUAGAGGUCAAAAUGGGUUUAAUUCAAUGCAAAAUCAAGAAUUUAAAUUUUAAAGGUCAAAUUGUUGAUACUGUUGUAAUUAAUCCUCCAUUUGGAACACGGAAAAAAGGAGUUGACAUGGAGUUUCUCUCUGUUGCAUUGAAAGUUGCUUCUCAAGCUGUAUAUUCAUUGCACAAGACAACAACAAGAGAAGUAUAUCUUUGAUUUCCCCUAAACGAAAAAAUGUGAUACGUUUAUUCUAUAUUUGAUUGAUUUUCCCUAAAUGUAUAUCAGGUCAUCCA